UAGGUACCUACUAGUAUAAUAUUAACAGACCCAAAUGCUAUAGUAACACUAUGGGUAAUAUCACAAAUAUUUUCCUAUCUACCUUUUCAUAGUCCAUAAAGAAUAAAUGAAUUAACUAGAUUUAUUUUAAGACACUAAUAUACUUUUUAUUCAGUUACUUUUGUUUAUUAAAAUUGUUAUUUUAUAGCUGAUGGAAUUACUAAAUCACCAUUUUCUAGAUUAAAUUCUUUGAUACACUCUAAAUAGUUCUGGAUAUUGAACAUUUUUAUGUCAAAAAACUUAUUUCUGAUCAGAAUGGAUGAGAUGAACAUUUCUAAAUCUAAAAGACGGAGAAGUAAUAAAGAUUGCUCAAAUCUAGCUGUUAAUCAAAAUUUUUGUGAAGAUCAAAACAGUUCUAAAAACAUAGUUUGUGAAAAAGGUUCCAUCAAUUCUUUUAAAGCAGACAACAGAAAUACAAUUUAUUCGCAUGAUUAUAUUGUAUGGAAAUCAUUUAUUUCUGAUGGAGAAGUACGGAGUUUUAAAAAUAAAAUUCAAAGUCAAGGUAGCAAUAAAAGUUUUUGUGAAAAAAAAAACUAUAAUACAAGUAGUCAAAAGAAAAGAAAAUUUUCUGAACAGGAUUCCAUUGAUGAUAAAUUUGAACAGAAUAAAGCAAGUUAUAGAAACAGCAUUGAUUUGCAUAAGGAUACACAUAAAUCAAUAACUGAUUAUGGAGAAGGUAUUUUAGAAGAAAUCGAUGAAAACAUUUUCAAAUUAUCAAAAGAAUAUUCUCUUGCUCAUUGUGUGGCUGAAGAUUUACGAAUGGGAGCGGGCAUAGCUGUUGAUUUCAAGCGCAUCUUUGGUGGUGUUGGUACACUAGUUGAUCAGAAAUUAAAAAUAGGAAAUGUUGGUAUAGUUAAACGCCAUGAUCAAUAUGCAUUUUAUAUAGUAACAAAAAAAUAUAGUAAUGGUAAACCUACAAUGAAAACAAUGGAAAAAGCUCUUUGUUCACUUUUGAACAUAAUGAAAAAACACAAUUUAACAAAAUUAGGAAUACCCAAAAUUGGUUGUGGAUUGGAUAAACUUGAUUGGUCUGAUAUAAGAUCGCUCAUCAUUGAUACAUUUUCUGGAUCUGGUAUUCACAUAACUGUAUGUGUACCUUCAAAAUUAUUAGAUAAUAUGAAAGCACCACCCAGAUUAAAAGUUUACAUCACACCUAACAAUUUAUGGGAGAUGGAAGCCGAAACCAUUAUUAUUUUAUUUAUUGACUUAGAAGAAGUAUGCGACAAGAAUUGGACAAACUAUAUAAUAGAUAAAGUGGAUGCUAAAUACCCAUUCAAACAAAAUUUGUUAAAAUACGUCAAACAUAAGAAGUUAGAACCCGGUAACAUAACAUGCUACACUGUUCAUGACGAAGUGAUAGUUUGUAUGUUUAUCUCGCAAAAUGCAUAUUACAGUUCUUUAGAAAAUGGAUUUAAAUCCAUUGAUCGUAAAAUCAAAAAAUAUAAGUAUAUAGCUAUUCAAAGUGGACCUCUUGAACCUAGUGAUAAUUUCAAAAAAAUAGCAUGGACAGUAUUGAUAUUACGAUCUGUAGUUAUUCGCUCUUCUGAAUUAUGGUUAUGUGGUGAUGUCAAACAAACAACUGGCAUGGUAUACGAUCAAUAUUGUAAACAUUUAUACAGCUCUAUGAACUAUUCAUUUCAAUAAACCUAAUUCUCCAACUAAAAAAACAUUUUAGCAUUAAAGUAACAUAAUAUUGUAAUCAAAAUUAAAGAUGUAAAUCAUCACAGAAAUAUUUUAAUCAAAAUAGUAUCUACAAAAACAGAUACCUAUAAUACCUUCUUGAUUCUAUGUGAGCAUCUGAAUAAUAAAAAUACUAUAACAUUAUAUAAAGCAUGUGAUUCUUAUGUAAUCUAUUUAAAUAAAUAUGCCAUUAAUUAUACACAACAUAAUCUUAUAUACGGUUAUACUUGAAGGCUGAAGCAGUAAUUUAUACCUAUUUAAGGUCUCAAAUGUUCGAUACUUAAUUCUACUCAUAGCCACAAAUCUGAAUUUUAUAGAUUCCACCCAGCCCAUAGCCCGUCCUGGCAGGUCUUUACUAUAACCUAUAUAGUAUAUAAUAAUAUGAUACGAUGCAUUAAAUGCGACAUUACGACUUACGAAGUUAUUUUUGUCUUUAUAAAUUAUAAUACUAUAUAUUACCAUGCCAUUAUUCAAAUUCGGCACAAAAUACAAAAUACAAAUUACCAACGCUCAAACACGUGUGUGUCACUAAAGGUACUAGGUACUAAAGGUACUAAAGGUACUAAAGGUCACCUACUCGUAAUCACGAAUUAAAAUAAUUAAAAUAAUAUUAUAUUUUAAUUCGUGAUCAUAAUGUAUACGUACCGAGGACCCGUGAAUGGUGUUGAUUGUUACUUGUUAUAGCUUAUUAUAAUUUAUAGCAUUAUAUUCGUUGGCCCUUUCAAUGUUCCUUGAUUCACUGUAAUUAGUGUAAUUUGUUAAUUUAUAAUCAGGAUCUGCCCAACUGUCUGGACUUCGAGUUUUGACUAGAUACCGUUGACAAUUGAAAUUACUAAUUAGUAGGUAAUAUAGGUAAGUACUUAGUAGAUAAUAGACAACCUACAUACACAGUAUCUCUGGACUCGGGCAUUAUAAUAAUUCUGAACUAAUCUGAACUCUAAAGACUGAACCAAAUAAUAAUAAAUAUGAUAAAGAAAAACAUAAAACCAUACUCAUUACUCAUAGACACG